UUGCUGCCUCCACGAGCUUCCCCACAAACUGCUCGCUCGCGCUCCCGGUGAACACGGAUAACGUUCCCGUCGGUCAAACUGCGGAUCCCGCCUCGCUCCCCGCCGUGUGCACCAUGUCAUCUAAAAGUCACCCUCCGCUCAUGAAGAAGCACAGUCAGACGGACCUGAUCAGCCGUCUAAAGAGCCGGAAGAUCCUCGGGGUUGGUGGCGAGGACGAUGACGGGGAAGUGCACCGCUCCAAGAUUAGUCAGAUGCUCGGAAACGAGUUGAAGUUUGCAGUGCGAGAGCCGAUCGGGUUGAGGGUUUGGAUUCUCGUCUCUGCUGUGGGUUUCACACUAAUGGCCAUAACGGCUCUGGUGUUUCCCAACCAACUCUACGAGCUUGUUUUCGAGGAGGAGCUUUCCACAACUAGCAUCUCUGUCCGCCUUUAUGGAGCAGCGCUGCUCAGCCUCGCCCUCAUUAUGUGGAACGGUCUCUACACAGCAGAAAAGGUCAUCAUCCAGUGGACUCUGCUCAGUGAAGCCUGCUACUUUGCCGUCCAGUUUCUAGUGACUUGCGUCACCCUGAUGGAGAUCGGCAUCCUGCCCAACGCCGCCAUGCUGCUGCUCCUCAGUCGAGUUCUCUUCUUCGUGGUCACCGUCGCGUACUACUACCACCUGGGCCGCAAGCCCAAGAAGAUCUGAGCCGACUGCGGCGCUUCAGGGAGGGGUGUUUCAGCACAAAUCACAGCUGGGGAUCAGGGGGUCUAGUUGCUUUGUAAGUAAAAGGCCUCAUACCCCCUUUCUGUGGGACCUGGCCUACGACAAACCCCACCAAAGUGAUAUUCAACAGACGUGCAGAGCAUCACAUCGCCAUCGAUACAACAGGAACAAGAAACCUCAGCACAACACUGAGCGGCUGGGCUUCACACACAUUCCUCCUCUGCGUAGUUUUGCGUGCUGGACGCUGCAUCUGUGUCAAACUUUAAAGUGUACAGGACAGACGGCUACGUACCACCUGUCAGUGUUUCUCUACAGCUAUACCAUGUCCAGGUGAAGUGUUAAGUGUUUUUCCUUUCAUCUACUGUUUAUCACGCUCAAGGGUUUGUGCUAUUUGUUGUUUUGUGAUAUUUUAUAUGUGAAAACGCGAACUGCCUCCCUCUGAAUUUGCUAGAAAAAUAAUUAGCUGUAUGCUUCAGAUGAGAUCAAUGCUGGAUUACUGACACAAAGAAAACUGAUGGGUUGAGUAUCCAGAAACUCUCUGUUCACCUGUUCAAUCAAGACUGGUAAUCAUUUUACCAUUUAGUCUAAAAAUUGGUGUCUUAGUUUUGAAAUCUCUUAUUUGUCAGGCUUUAAGCUGAGAGUUUUUAAAGCACAACUGACUGUCAUGUUAUGUGAACCUGUGAGGUGAAUCAUCCCAGAGAAACCAUACAGUUGUCUCUGCUGCCUGUGCACUAUUAGGAGGAACUUUAACCUGACUGAAAAUCAAACCCUUCAUGUGUAAAAUUAGCCUGUCAAAUCAAGCAUGUCAUGUGUGUGAUCAACACAUAAUAACUUGUUAUAAUCUCUUAGUUAUGUAGCAUAGCUUGUUUUUUAAUGCCCUGCACCAUAUCCAAAGUCUUGCCUUAAAACAACUUUAAAGAACAGUCAUCAGAUCUAUGACUUGUAAAUAUGUAAAUAAGUAUUUAAUAUUAAGUGGUGUUCUUGUGAACCAAACAGGGAACUUGUUCAGUAUUAGUCAAUGAUUAUUAAAGGCUAAACCUUCU